UAAAUGGCCAAUCUCUACGUUGUUGAUCAUUAUAAAUAAGAUUGAUUGGUUGCCCAAAACCACCAGUUCAAUUGUUGCCGACUGUACGGGAAGUGUCGUCCGGAACAUAUUUUUUUUCGCGCUAAUCAUGACUGUAGAAACCAUCAUCGAGAGAAUUAAGGUUCGCGUAGCCGCCGUUGACCCGAACGGUCCGCGCAAGGUUCUGGGCGUGUUCCAGCUGAACAUCAAGACCGAAACCGGUGUCGAGCAGUGGAUUGUCGAUUUGAAGCAAUUGAAGGUCGAUGCGGGAGUUACGGCAACCCCCGAUGUUACGGUCACUGUCGGCCUGGAGAGCAUGCUGGCCAUCAGCGGAAAGACAUUGACCAUUACCGAUGCUCUGAAGGACGGUAAAAUUGAGAUCACUGGAGAUGCCGAUCUGGCUACCAAGUUGGCCGAAGUGAUUUAAAUUAUUUGAUAAGUGAAUAAAUAUGUUAUGUGAAUAAGCUUAAUUUGAUCCGGUGUACUUUUAUUCAUGAUGAACUUUUCAUGCUAAAUUAUUUAUGCCAAUAAAAAAGUUGCAUGCUAUA